UGGACUCUGUUUCCGUACGAGUUCGUGUGCACAGACCGAAAGAUCCAACGGUGCAAGCGAUCCGAUUCGAAGAAAGCAUCCAACGUAAGCCAAUAAUUCUUCUUAGAAACUUUGGCCGUAAAGCCUGUAUUCAUCCAACUCGGAGUGCGAAUGUUUGUAGAAAAAGAUGAAGGAGAGUGGGAUUUCAGAAGAAUUGGAAUUGGCAAAGAAGAGAUGCUGGGUCGUCAUAGAUAGAACACCGAGAUUGCCUCUCAUCGACUCAUGCAGGAGCACUCUCCUUAGACUCGCCCACUCCGAGCUCAAUUUCCUCUCCCGGUGUCCCACUCGCUCUUCCACACGCCUCAGUUUAAAUAUUGGGCACCUCGAAGCAAUUGUUCACAUUCUCCAGCAGCCAUGUCUAACUGGUGUUUCCAGAGUUUGCAAGCCAAUACCUGUAUCAUCUACAGAUUGGAAUGGGUUGAAAACCAAUUCUUGUUCUAAAGGCGUCCAUGUCGAUAUAGUUUGUACUCUCAAUAGGCAACCUGUGUGGAUUAUUGUAUCUGAUAGGAACCCAAGGUACAUUCCUUGGGAUAAAUGUCAAAAGAGUAAGGGCUUGAGAUUGCGAGUUGAAGAAGUCCUUGCUGCAGCUCGGUCUUCAAUGACAUUGAAACCUUACUCGAUCAUUCUUUUCUUCUCGAAUGGUGUUGGAAACUUUGUUAGAGAGAAACUCAGAGAAGAAUUUGGGGCAUCUGAGAUUGAAUUGGAGUUCUCCGUUUUCGAUUUUGACUUCUCUGAGGAUUUGGAUGGUGAGUGGAUAAAUGUGCUUGCAAGAUCGUACCAAGAUGCAUGUGUGCUUGAAAUAAAGGUUGAUGAUAUUGGUGAUAUCAUUUCAAGUCCUGGAUGUGAAUUGAAAGGGUUAAGUGUUGCUGCAGUCACACCAAGGCUUUCAGAAGAGCUAGCGGAGAGAAGUGCGGGUGAUCCUUUUUGUUCACUCAUUUCGAGGAUGAAAUACUGCCCUUUUGAAGUUAAAAAUUUGGAAUAUUCUGAAAUGAAGGAGCUGUUAGGUGACGUUGAUCUUAUAAAUUUUGAUACAACAGCAUUGAUUGCACUUGUAUCAGGGAUCAGUAAUGGUGGUACCGAGAAACUUUUGGGUACUCCAGAGAGUGAAUUGAGACAGCGGUUUAAGGGAAACUUUGAGUUUGUGAUUGGACAGGUGAUGUCUGAAAUUGAGAAUCCAAUUCAUGUGGAACUGGGUGGUGUAAUAUCUGGAAGGAGAGGCAUAAUAUGUGAAAGUGUUCAUUCAGAGUUCAUGGAUUUAGUACUGAUGUGUGGAGGGCCUAAUGAGAAGUUCAGAGCCAAUCAAUUACUCAAGUGCCUGACGCUGGUGCCGGAUAGUCCUUCGCAACGUGUUAUGGGUCUGCCAACUACAAGAAAGCUGGCAUUGAAGAACAAGGCACUAAUGUUCAUAGUUCUAUGUAGCAGAUACAUGCAAGAUCCAAAUACUAAGAGUUCUGCAUGGCACUAUGGCAUAGAAUCUCAAACAGGACAGGGUGGUUCAUACUGCCAAACCAGCCUUCUGCUCCCUGGGCUUUGCAUCAGGCUAAGCUAAUCGAGACAACUAAGGUUUAGUAGUACUCGAUCUUUGGAAACUUUACUGCUAGGGUUUUACUUAAAACUGGGGUGUGGAAUCAAGCAAAACCAUAACCAGAGGUCCAGAAACUAAUCGUAGUUGGGGCUAAAGUAAACAUGCAAGAGAGAAUUUGGUGCGUGUUUUAGCCAAAAUUGUAGCGAAUAUUUUUCAAACAAGAAUGUGAAAAUUCUGAAUAUAGGAUAUUAUUAAUUUAUUCACUUAUUACCGUUCUUAAUA